GCAAUUACGCGUAACAACAAACACUGACAGCCAAUCACCACGCGGACGCUUCAACAAAGUCUGGAGUUUAGCAAAAACUGAGUUUGAAGUUGCAAUUGUUUGUGGAUAUCAAUCAGAUCCAUGUCACCAAUAUCAUCAUGGCUGAUGCGCAGGAAAGCACGAGGAGCCACAAUGAUUUAAAGAAUGAAGAUGGAUAUGAAGUCUCCAUCCCAUUUGAGGACAGCAACCCAGAUGACUCCGGUUUAUGUCAUCAAAAUGACCAAACCUUUGAUGAUUCGGCCUUGAGCCACAUUCCUCCUUGCAGCCCGUAUCUUCUGAUUUCCAGUCUUCGAGCACAGCUGCAGAUUUCUUUGGAAAAGAACUCCUGGCUCCAGAAGCGCAUUGAAGAUCUGGAGGAGGAGAGGGACUUUCUACGCUGCCAGCUUGACAGAUUCAUUUUCAGCACCAGGAGCCAGGAGAGGAAUGAACCUCAGUUUGAGCAAGUAGAGCAGCUCACCAAACAGAAGUCCAUCACACGGAGGGUAUCCACACCUUCUUCAACCCCCAUGAUGACACGCUCUGGUCAUGUCCUAACAUGCAACCAGAAGCGCAGCAGAAAAAGCAGUGUGGAAGCAGAAGAGGAGGUGAUAGAGGAGGAAGAGUAUAUAGAGGAGGACGGCUACUUGGAAGAAGAGCAGAUUGUUACAGAUGAUGGCGAUGAUUCAGAUGGUAAAAGUUCACGGAAGGGCCGUUCGGGUAGACAGAAUGGCCAGACGAGGGUAAAAAGAAGACGAGUUUUUCGUAUCGCUCGGACCACGGAGAGACAAAGAGUUAAAGACCCCACAGGUGUUUUGCUUCGCUACAAGAAGAUCCUUGUAACCUAUCAGAAGUUAAAGAGCAUGUCUAGAGCGUUCCAGGCCCACGCGGUUGACCGCAACACUGUGGCCUCCACCACACCUAUCGCAGAGUUGCUCCUGGUUGUCCCUGAGAAGAUUGCAGAGGUUGGUGAAUUUGAUUCGACCAAGGAGAAGCUUCUGGAUUACGCGAGGCGCUGCUAUAAAGCUCUUGACGAGGCUUCUCACGCAAAGGUGCAGGCCUUGAAGAAGAGCAACCUACUGCUGCCCAUUUCAUACAGGUUCAGACACUGAAUUUUCAACAACGUAUUCCUUAUGUGAGGAGGAGUUGCAAGGUAUUGGUUUGGAAAAUAUGGAGUCGGCUAAGAAACUUAAUGGGAUGUUUUUGUCUUUUCUUUUUUUCUCUACCUCAGCUCUAGAAAUACUCAUUUUACAGUAAAAAAAUGAAAUCCCUAUUUGUGUCAGUUUUUGGUUAUGGUAAUUCUACAGUAAUGACACAAGAAACAUUAAUAUUGUUAAUGCUUUAACUGUAAAUGGGUUACUGACAGUUCAAUACAUAUUUAUAAUGUUUACCAGACAUUUUGGAAAUGUGUGAAGUUUGUCCUAGGACUUUAAGUAAUUACAUUAUGGAAUACAGAGCGAGUCCAGCAAUGUGUAAGAUAAAAAGUAAUUCACUGUAUUUUUGACUGGUGACGCAACUUUAUUAUUUUAUAUGAUUAUGUUACUCUAAAGUAGAAAUUGUUUAUUACCUCUCUCCUUAAAUGAAUUGUCAACAAAUGAUCAACUGUUACCUGAUUAUUUGAUUGGUUGUUGAAAUCAUAUGACCACAUUUAUAUGUUUUGAGAUGGUAGGAAGGUAUGGUCUUUUUUGAAGAUAUGACUUGAAGAAAUAAAGUCCUCAAU